AUGUACUCUGGAGUAAAGGAGGCAGGAAGGAGUGUUAGAUCGAGCAGUACAAGAAGAGAUUCUAAUCACAGCAGAGUACCAGGCGAAGUGUCUGCCGUCAUUCCAGAGGAGUUCCUGGCAGAAACAAAGCGUGUUACAAGGAGCAAAAUUCAACCUAUUAACGUCAAAAUCAAAACAUUCAAAGUUCCAACAUCAAAUAUUUCAAAGGACAAACUUAAAAAAACUCUAGAUUUUAAAGGUCUUUGCAACGUUGACGAUGACGAUGAUGAUAAUAUACAAGAGAGCAAAUCAAAAGUAGCAUCAAAUAUUUCUAAAAAACAUGGAAGAAAAGGAAAUGGUGAUACAACUCGAAAAAUAAAAAAAUCAGAAAAUAGAAAAACAAAAUCAAAGACAUCCAAAUGUGUUGAGCAUGUCAAUGAUGACUUUAUAACAGAGAGGAGUGAUGUAGUUGUUGAAGAAGGUGAAGGUCGUGGUGGCAGCGAUGCUGAGGAUGAGAUCGGCUCAUCGUUGGUCCCAACGUUCAGGGAGGAGUCUAUCAGUGAUCGCGAUCCUCAACAACAACAACAACAACAACAACACACAAAUGUUCAUGCUUGUUAUGAUGACGAUGGUGAGGACGAUGGCGAUGGUGAUGACAUUGUUGUUCCAAUUGCUGCUGCAACAAUUAACAAUGUAGACAAAAAUAUUAACACAAAAGUAAAACGCAGCGAAGAGGCAUUGAAACAUUUGGAUGAGACACUUGAAUCUGUCGUUCAUGGAAGUAUUUUAUGGUACGAAGAACAUUUUGCAAGUGAUGACAGUGCCGAUAGUAGUAUCAGUAUUGAUGACAAUGAUGAUGAUCAUCAUGAGGAUAAUUGUGCGAACGACGCGAAUGGAAAUUCCAGUGAACUGUUACAAAAAGAUGUCAGUAGAAAAGAAAUUACCGAAAAUAUUAAAAUGUAUAAUGCUGAGAAUAGCGAAGAUUUGGUACAAGCUGAUGAUAAAUUUAAAAAGCAGCAGAAAAAGAGCUCUAAUAAAAGAAAACAUUUUCAAACUGGUUGGACAUCAUUCUUGGAAGGAGGCAGCAAAAAAUUAAAAACGAAACUUGAAAAGUUUAAGGAUGCUUGCGUCAGUGAUGACGAUGAUGAGGGCGAUGAGGGUGAGGAUGCAGAGGAACAACAGAAAAGUAAUUUUCAAGAUAAUGAAAGCUGUGGCCAUGAUGUAAUGUGUAUGAAUAAUGCUGAGGGGGAUGAAGUUGUUGAGACAAAUACUGUCGGUGGGAAUGUUGAUAUGGUUAAUGAGGAUAGAUCUUCUGUAAUUACUCCUUCCUUGUCAGCUACAACAUUAUCAGUAAUUUCAUCAUCAUCGUCGUCGUCGCUUGCUAGUACGUUAUCCAGUUCAGUUAGUGAUUUGAAAGUAACAUUGUUGGAAAUUCCUAAUGAUGCUAAAAUGGAGCGUGAAAGUGCUUCUGCUGACGUCAUAUGUGCAAAAGCAGAAGACGAUAAAUUGGAAGUGAGUAACACUGAGUCGUCAGUCAAACCGAUGGACGAUGAAGCUAAAAUGUCAUUGGCUCGAAGAGUCAGUCAAGCAAUCAUGAAGAGCAGUCAUCUCACUCAUAAAAAUCUUGAUAAUGAAGAUUUGAAGAUCACUAAAAGUGAAUCUCAAGGAAAUUCUCAUAGUAAAGUUGAAAGAUCUGUAAAAAGCAAAUCUGAUGAGAGAAAGUCUAUGUUCAUGAUGAAGCUGUUGGAAGAAAAUGACAUAAAAGAAAAGAUUCAAAAGCAAAUUUUGUUUCCAGAUGAUUUAACAAAUGCUGUUGAAGCAAAUGAUAUUGCCAAGGUUAAGUUCUUAUUGACAACAUUGGGCCAGUUUCCAAACAAGGACAUUACUGGAUCAAAUCUUGUCUGGUCAGCUGUCAAAAAUGGCUACAACACUAUGCUAUCAGUGCUGGCAAUGAAGAAUGCCAACCUUGAAUUAAAAAAUAAGGAUGGACUUACGCCUCUACUCUAUGCUGCUGAGAAGGUAUCCACGUUGGUUUGGAUGGAUGAUGAAGCUGAUUAG